GCUCGCGCCCAGACGACGACGACGACGACGAAGGUGCGACCUCGCGGCUCCCGUCACGUCGGCGAGACGACCGCCCUCUGGCCCGCUCCAAGGUCCGCCGCGACACGUGGCGCCGCCAGCAGCUCCCCUGCCGCUACCCGCCGCUACCCGCCGCUACCCGCCGCUACCCCUGCUUGUUCCUCGUCGCGCCUCGUCCGGACACCACCGCCAGGCUCCCAGCCGCCACGGAUAGCCAGCCGGCGCGCCACCGGCUGUGAUGAAGAGACGAGCCGCGCGCCGACUGGAGCCGAGAUGACGUCACGCCGACUGCGCUGCCUGCUCGUGUGCGCGCUCCUGGUGGCAGGGGCGAGCGCGCAGCAGGCUCGGCGACAGAGGCAGAACCCGCUGCAGCAGCGCCUGCAGAUGCAGAUGGAGGAGGAGAAGAGGAAGAGGCCCUCCUCCUUCAGGGACUUGUUCAACACCACGUCGUGCAUCGACCCGCCCUUCACCUGCCCGCACUACCGUAUACAGUUCUACCUGUACACCAGGAUCUCGCAGGACUCGCCGCAGCUGCUGGACGUGACGGACCAGGCGUCGCUGCACAACUCCUUCUUCGACGCGCGCAACCCCGUCAAGCUGGUCAUCCACGGCUUCGGCGGCGGCCGCGACCUCUCGCCGAGCACGGACAUGCGCCGAGCCUACUUCCAGUACGGCGAGUACAACGUGGUCGUGGCCGACUUCUCGACGCUGGUGAAGGAGCCCUGCCUGAGCCAGCUGGAGUGGUCGCCGCGCUUCUGCGCCGAGUGCAUCGCGCAGUUCGUGGACUACCUGGCGGCGCACCCGCGGGGCGUGCCCCCGGACCGGCUGCACCUGAUCGGCUACAGCAUGGGCGCGCACAUCGCCGGGCUGGUGGCAAACCACGUGACCGCUAGCGGCAAGCUGGGGCGCAUCACUGGUCUGGACCCGACCAUCUUCAUCUACAUGGGCAGCAACAGGUCGCGCGACCUGGACCCCAGCGACGCGCACUUCGUGGACGUGAUCCACACGGGGGCCGGAGUGCUGGGCCAGUGGGGGCCCAACGGCCACGCAGACUUCUACGUGAACGGCGGCACGAGCCAGCCCGGCUGCGCCAGCAUGUCGCUCUUCAAGACGCUGUCGUGCGACCACACCAAGGUGACGCCGUACUUCAUCGAGUCCAUCAACAGCAAGGCGGGCUUCUGGGCUUCGCCGUGCACCAGUCAGCUGCUGUACUUCCUGGGCUGGUGCACGCCCUCCGACCAGGACUACAUCCUGAUGGGCGAGCACGCUCCGCACACGGCUCGCGGGCUGUUCUACCUGAGCACGAACGCGAGGCGCCCUUACGCCAAAGGGUUCCCCGGGAAGAGGAAGCCCAGGAAGGGAGACGCGAGGAACCUGCAGCUGUCCUGAGGGCGGGUCCUGGCUUCGAGGACCCCCGGGAGCCCGCGCGCGCUCCAGUGAUGGACUCUCCCGCGGGAACAGAACUGCGCGGCUCUGGUCCACCGGCGCUACUGGACCACACACCCCCGGGUCUCAGAUCUUCGUCGGCACGGUCUCUCUGCGCGCUGCACGCGCCUCCAGUAACUUCUGUUCAACGAGUGAAACACACUGCCGGUAGGAAGAAACGACCGCAUAGCUAAGAUCAAAAAAAUAUAUAUAUACAAAAGACUCACACCACCUUUUGAAACUCCAGGAAAAAAAAAUAGAAACAGCCUUUUCACGGUGCCCGCUUAAAAAAAUACCACAACACGCAAGAGUGCACACACGUUCCCAACUUUGUGUCAAGUGAUGUCUUUCCGUGCAAACGCAAAGUGUAUCUAGACAGAUACCAUUUUUUUUUUCAGGUUUUCAUCAUUAUAUAUAACUAUAUAUAUAUUUUUUUACGAUAUUCAGUUUCUAGGAUUGGUGAAGUCCAACUUAAAUUUUUUUUACAAAUCACUAUCGCUACGACCCUGCGAUUUAGCGUCUCUUACUUAAAUAAUAAUUUCAGCAUGAACCAUUAUUUUAUACUUAAAAUUUUCUAACGGAAUAUAUUUCCCUAUUUUAACAUAAAAUUUAAGUUAUUUGGACAUAAAGUUCAGUACAGCAGCAUAAGAGUACCCGCAAAAGCUCCACACACAUAUGACCAGCAGGUAGCAUCGUCGACGGCUCGCGGCCAUGCUCUUCGUGUGAUUCGGUAGCACAUUACUGCAAAGUUGGAGGUCUUACGUCUUAAGUUUACUGUUCAUAACUUUGUGACCUAGAUACAAUAAAAUAGAUAAUUUACCAUUCUUAAGUGAAAUUAUAUGUAUAUUUUAAAAGAAAGUCCUGAACCAAAUUUCCAUUAGAUUUAAUUCAUAUUACAUUCCAUUAUGUCUAUUUCUUUUGUUUUUAUACCUGCUUCCCGUCACAUUCCUGUUUAGAAUUCAUUCUUACAAUAUUUCAAUAAUAGAAGGUAGGCUAAGUGUAACAUUUAAUGAAUUCGAAACACAUUUUCAUGUUUGUAUGUAACUUAUUUAUCGAAUAAACUAAAUUAUAAUAUCCCACAUGUUUUUUUAUACCUGCUAAGCAGUUUACAAUUAUUAUAUCUGUCAUAUCAAAAGUUAAUAUUAAUAUGGUACGUGUAUUAACGCAUAAUUUUAGUCAUCAUGUCUAAGUUCAUCUGUAAAAUAUGGUAUAAAAAUGAAAGUUACUAUUUAAUUACGGUAUAUAAUCUAUAUAUAUAAAAAUUUAGCUUCCGUAUGUAUUUGGCCGCAAAACUCGGAAAGUAUACGAUGGUUUGGAUUGAAAUUUUUACAGAACAUUGCAUAUUAACAGAAGAGUGUUUAUAUGAAAUAAAAGUUUGGGAAAAUCCACCGGAAAAGUCGGAAAAAAAAGUUUCUAUAACUAAAUAUCAUGGUCACCCAACUUAGUUGUGACCACGCUCGACGAUGCUGUACAAUAUUGUCGAAGUUCAAGCACAUCAGGCUACUCGACCAUUGUGCCUUGACGACUAUAACUUACACAAAUAUGUAUAUAUAUAUAUAUAUAUAUAUAUAUAUAUUUUUUUUUUCAAGAAAGAAUAAAAAAUUUUAUUUAAUUUGAAAGUAUAUUCUUUCGACUCUAUUGAUAAAAAUACGUUUAAAUUAAAAAAUACAUUUCGUACAAUACAUUUGAAAAUUAAAUAAUUCUUAUCUUAUAGCUUAUAUCUUAUAUAUUGCUAUUAUAAUUUGUUAUAAUCACGUACGUUGUUAUGAUAAUUGUUGAUAUAUCAAACCGGUUGUCAUAUCAACCCUGUUGUCAUAGCAAAAUGUGUUUGUUGAUUUUACCAACAAUAAUCUUUUAACACUUUUGUUUUGUUUUCUAAUAAGCCAAAUAUUGAUUAAGCACAAAAUGUGUCACUGUGACCAGUUUAUGUGUAUGGUAUCAUUUAUAAAUGUUUAAUUAAAGAAUGGAAUUGGUUGGAUUUCAUCUGUAA